AUGGAGAUGAGUGAGGAAGAAGCAGAUGAGGUCACCCAGUCUCCUAUUGAUGCUGUUAAACAAGAAAGCAAACAGAAGGAUAUGCUGCAGAUGGUGGACCUAAGGAACGGGAGCAGAGUGGCAGAGUUUAUCCUCGUGGGCUUUGAGCAGAGCUCCUCUUUCACUCGGGCAUUGCUCUUUGCCCUCUUCUUAGCCCUCUACAGCUUUGCCAUGGCCAUGAAUGGCCUCAUCAUCUUCAUCACCUGGACAGACCCCAGGCUCAACAGCCCCAUGUACUUCCUUGGCCACCUGUCCUUCCUGGAUGUCUGCUUCAUCACCACCACCAUCCCACAGAUGCUGAUCCACCUGGUGGCCAAGAACCACAUUGUCUCCUUUGCCUCAUGCUUAACCCAAAUGUAUCUGGUUUUUGGUGUAGGUGUGGCCGAGUGCAUCCUCUUGGCUUUUAUGGCCUAUGACCGUUAUGUUGCUAUCUGCCACCCACUCAGCUAUGCCCAGAUCAUGAGCCGGCAGGUUUGUGUGAAGCUGGUAAGUACUGCCUGGUUCUUUGGGCUGAUCAAUGGCAUCCUUCUUGAUUACAUGACAUUUCGUGGUCCAUUCUGUAGACACAACCACAUAGAAAACUUUUUCUGUGAGGCCCCCAUAGUGAUCGCUCUCUCUUGUGGAGACCCCCAGUUUAGUCUGAGGGUGAUCUUUGCCGAUGCCAUCGUGGUGCUGCUCAGCCCCAUGGUGCUCAUUGUCAUCUCCUAUGCACGCAUCCUGGCCUCCAUCCUUGGCAGAGCCUCCUCCUCAGGUCGUGGAAAGACCUUCUCCACUUGUGCUUCCCAUCUGACUGUGGUCAUCUUUUUGUACACCUCAGCCAUAUUCUCUUAUAUGAACCCUCACAGCACACAUGGCCCUGAAAAAGACAAGCCUUUCUCCCUCCUCUACACCAUCAUCACCCCCAUGUGCAACCCCAUCAUCUAUAGUUUUCGAAACAAGGAAAUGAAGGGGGCCAUGGUGAGGGCCCUUGGGAGGACCAGCCUGGCCCAGUCUGAGUCUGUCUAG